GUCGCGACCAGAUGGGCACGUCUUGGACUUGGUCCGCCUCGGGCAAUCCGUGGAGGAGCUGCAGGACAAGGUGAGCUCGACGGCCGACAAAACGGACCAUCUCAUCGCCUCAGAAGCGCUACCUUUCGAGCUGAUGCCAGUCUACCCCGACACGGAUGACAGCAGUUCCGGGCUCCCCUGGAAAUGCCUACAGCGGAGCUGUCAGGCGCAGAUGGUGAUCUGGAUCAUGUCGCUCCUCGUUGUCCUCUUCGAUCCCGUCUACUACGACACGCCCAUCGCGCCCAGGGAGCUCUAUGACCCACAUGCGUUGAUGAAGAUGAAGACGGCGUGGCCCCACAAGCGCUUCCGCCCCUCGGCGAUCGCCUGUGCGGGCGACGACACCAUCUACAUCGGUGAUCAGUUCGCAGUCUAUGCUUCCGACCUGUACUGGACGGGCGAGAAGAUCGAGGUUCACAGCGCGGACACUCACACAAG